UACAACAAUAUUAGGUGAUUUCUUAUCGUCGCCGCCGUAUCGUUGUAUCGUUUUUGCUGCGACUAGUUCGCCUCUCUCGGCUCUAGCUUCUGGCUUCUGGCUCUCUCGCUAAUAAUAUGUGCGAACACUACGGUCUUCACUUGUUCUAGCUUGUCGUUGUCUUUUUUGCAUAUAAGGUUACGGCGGUGGACCUUCGAGUUAAUUCGCGAAUGUCAAAUUUGAUCGUUUUAUUUAUUUGAAAAUUUUCUUUCGUUGUUGUUGUUGUUGUUGUUGUUGUUGUUUUUUUUUUAUUUUGAAACAGUGGAUCAUAAAAAUAACAGCGACGAUUUUUACAAGUGUCAUCGAUCGAGCUCCAUCGUCAUCUCUACGGCACGUUGAACGAUAGGAAAAAUACGAAAUGGAAAUUAACCACCGCAGCUGGUUAAUAUUUCUGGUCAGUGUGCUGACAUACUUCGCAUAUGGCAUAGAGGCAGCUACCAAAAGACAAAGGGCUAGCCAAGGAUACAGACUUCCGGACAAUAUCGUGCCGCAGACGUAUAAUUUGAGAAUAGAUACGAAUUUGGACGAAAAUAAUUUCGACUUUGAGGGCACAGUGAAGAUAAAAAUACAAUGCUUAAAAGCCACCAAUAAGGUCAUUUUACAUUCCAAAGAGUUGAACAUCAUUGAAGAAGGAGUCACGUUGAAGCAAAUCGCCGUCGAUAACAACACUCGAGACAUACCGAUCGCUUCUCAUCAAUAUGCCAAAGAAAACGACUUCUACAUAGUGAUGCUGAAUCAACGAUUAGCACCCGGCAAUACUUAUUGGCUGAGUAUUCCAUUUAAAGGAAUACUUACCGAAGGUUUGGCUGGAUACUAUCGUAGCAGUUAUUUCGAUAGAGCUGCCAAUAAAACCAAAUGGUUGUCGGUGACUCAGUUCGAAUCUACAGACGCGAGAAGAGCUUUCCCAUGCUUCGACGAACCUGGCAUGAAAGCUACAUUUGCCAUUUCUUUGGCUCAUCGUGCGGAUUUGAAAGCCAUCAGCAAUAUGCCUAUGAUUGAAAGCAAACCAGUUGAAGGAAAAGAUGAUUGGGUUUUAGACAAAUUCCAAGAAACUGUGCCAAUGUCGACGUACCUGGUCGCAUUCAUGAUAUCAGAAUUCGAAUACAGCGAAUCGCCAAAAACCGACUGUAAAAAUGUGACUUUCCGUAUAUGGGCGCGUAAAGAAGCCAUAGAACAAGUAGAUCUCGCCAAACAAGUCGGUCCUAAAGUAUUGGCAUAUUUUGAAAAAUACUUCAGUACCGAUUACCCCUUACCUAAACAAGACAUGGCCGCAAUUCCGGACUUCAAUGCUGGUGCCAUGGAAAACUGGGGUCUGAUUACCUACAGAGAAACUGCCCUGCUGUACGAUCCGCAAUCGUCGUCCAUUUUCAACAAACACAGCAUCGCUAGCGUCAUAUCGCACGAGUUGGCUCAUCAAUGGUUUGGAAAUCUGGUCACGAUGAAAUGGUGGACUGAUUUAUGGCUCAAUGAAGGUUUCGCUACUUAUGUAGGUGCUCUCGGUGUUCAUCACGUGUUUCCCGAAUGGAAAUCAUUGGAUAGUACCGCGAUCAACGAUUUCUUAACGGUUUUAUCGUUGGAUGCGUUGAAAACCUCGCACCCUGUAUCAGUUCCUAUUGGAAAUCCGAGCGAAAUUGAUCAAAUUUUUGACACGAUUUCUUAUAAAAAAGGUUCAUAUCUACUACGAAUGAUGAACAUGUUCUUGGGAGAAGACGUAUUCCGCAAAAGUGUCUCGAAUUAUUUGAAAAAACACCGAUAUAAUAACGCUGCUCAAGAUGACCUGUGGGAAGCAUUGACUGAAACAGCUCAUUCAACCGGUGUUUUGGAUGAAAAUAUCUCCGUUAAAAUGAUCAUGGACUCGUGGACUCUACAAACUGGUUAUCCUUUGGUCACCGUUAGACGAGACUACAAACGUAAUACUAUUACUGUGACUCAAGAACGCUUUUUAUCGACACCUAUGGAUAACAAUGUGAGUAGCAACAAGAAUAAACGUGAAUCAGAUGGUUGCUGGUGGGUGCCAAUAAGUUAUACGACCAAUAAAGAUCUCAACUUCACCAACACCAGGCCACAAACGUGGCUCACCUGCAAUGGUUCUGUAACUUUCCCAGUCAAAGCUGAACAGGAUGAUUGGGUUUUAUUGAAUAAUCAAGCUUCUGGUUUGUACCGAGUGAAUUACGACGAAAAAAAUUGGAACAUGUUGGGAAGUGUGCUGAACGACGAGAAACAGUUCUCAAAAAUCGAUACCUUCAGCAGAGUUCAAGUACUGGUAGAUACGUUGGGUUUAGCAUGGAUUGGUAAAUUGGAUUAUCAGCUCGCUUUCGACGUAGUCAACUAUUUGCAACAUGAAACCGAGUACCUGCCUUGGAAAAGUGCCCUAUCCACAAUACACGAUAUAAAUCGAAUGCUAUUGCGAACACCAACGUUCGGUUACUUCAAGAAAUUCAUCAGGGAUAUGUUGGAACCAGUUUAUAAAAAGAGAUUCUCUUCCAUUAGUCAACUUCCUGAUGAUUUUGAAGCUAUCAAGCAUCAUUCGUUGAUCGUCUCGUGGUCUUGUUAUUACGGUGUUUUGGAUUGCGUAGAACAAACAGUCAGUUUAUUUAAAAGCUGGUAUACGGAGACUAAUCCUGAUCAGAAUAAUCCUAUACCAAGAGAUCUACGUUCUGUGGUGUAUUGCCAAGCUCUGAAAGUUGGCGGUGAAAAUUACUGGGAAUUUUUAUGGGAAAGAUACCAAAACUCCAACGUGGCCACUGAAAAACAACAGAUUUUGGGAUCAUUGGCUUGUGUCAAAGAGUUAUGGUUGUUGCAGAGGUACUUACAAUGGAGCAUAGAUCCUACAAAAGUCAGGAAACAAGACAGCACGUUAGUUUUUUCCAGCGUUGCAGAAAAUGAAAUUGGAUAUUUGUUGGCCAAGGAUUUCCUAGUCAAGCAAUUCCACAGUAUUCGUGGCUAUCACGGUUUCAAAUCUAGUCGACUUGGCAGAUACAUUAAAGCUAUAGCAACGCAGAUCACAACCCCCGAAGAAUUAAAUGAAUUCCAGUCGUUUACCACCAACAUGUCAUCCCACUUGAAGGAAGCUGAGCUCAGUUUGAAACAAGGAUUAGAAUCCGCCAAUAAUAAUAUCGUCUGGCACACGAUGCAUUUCGAGUCACUUUCCAGAUACUUUAUUAAAAAGUAGAAGAAUGAAAUCGCAAACACACGUCCAUACUUUUUUGAUUAUUAUCGAGACUAACGAUAAGUAGCCUAACUUUUGAACAUAGUUGGUAGGUACCUACGAAGGCAUUAUAGUUACACAUUAUCCUAUCGACAUUGUGCUACGUUAGUUGAAAUUUUACAUACGUCUUUUAAUAUUUUUACGCGAUGCCUUCGAUGCUGUGUAUGUAAUUUGGAUCUACAUAAAUUUUAAGUAAUAAUGUUUAAUGUUCAUCGAUUUUAAAUGUGCAAUGAGUUCCUGCAAAAAUUUAAAUUUUUAUUGUCUUUUGUACCGAAUGAGAUGGCGUUUUAAAGAAUGUUUAAUAUGUUCGUGAAUUUUAUGUACUCGUAAUUUAUUUAGCCAUCUUUACGUAUUUUUUAUUUACUUAUUUAUUUUCGUGUAUUACGUAUCUAAUAAGGAAAACUAUUGACAUGCUAACCUAAAACUUUGUUAUUACCUAGUUUGUUGUGUUCUGUGAAAAUGUUUUUGAAUAUUUAUGUAUGAAUCUCAAAACUGAAGUCCAAAUAUAAAAAAUGAAAAGAAAUUUAUGAUACAGAAUUUGAAACGAAUUUUCUGAUUAAAAUAGUGAAAUGAAUUUUACCCUAAAAUUAAAUAUUGGCGAGAAUAUCUUCUUUAAAAUAAAAUGUUUUCGUGAGA